ACAAUAACAGCAAAGUUGUGUGUCUACUGCAGAACUUUUCUAGCUCCCACCAUCACUACUAAGAUAUAAUUUUUGCGUUCUUCACUCGAUUCUGCUUGUCAUUUUGUUUUUCAUUCCACCUUUUAUCAGUGUAACUAGCUAGCUCUAGUACUAGUUACUGUUUCUCAGGAAUGGCGCUUGCAAAAGAGAGAAUUAUUGCAGGACCAGACUCCUCAUCAAUGAACUUUAUGCAUAUGUAUGGAAACAUGUGCAGUGUUGGAGGAAACACUUCACCUGUUUCAGAUCCUUCAUUAUUAGGCUUUGAGAAUUAUACAAAGAUGAUGAUUCUUGAUGACGAAGAUAGCGAACACGGUUCAUCUGAAAAAACAGGUGGUCAUGGUGAUGGAAAGUACAAGAAUUACUACCCGAUGAACCGGCUUCCUUCUCUUACCGAUCGCCAAACGAACGGUGAUGAAGAGAUGAGUUCUUCGCAAGAAGAUGAUUCUCCAAUCAACUUCAAAGAUGGUUUUGAUAAUUGGCAGUCAAGUUCUAGUGCUGCUAAUUAUCAUCAGGCAUCAUCAUCAUUACUAAGUUUCAGUAAUGCAGGUUCCCAUAAUCGUUACAUGAUGAGGGUUCAUGGGGAAGAUGAUCAUGAAUACCCUAAUUGGGAAGGUAGAGUCAUGCAUGUCGACCCGAACUAUCCUCAUCAUUGGAAUCCUUCAAAAAAUACUGCUGGGUUAUUAGAAAGUAACCGAUUAUCCGAAGAACGUAAUUCUUUUGAAUCUGCAAAUACUUUUAGCUCAUCUUUUAACAAAUCUGUCAGUAAGGAUAGUAAUCAAGGGGAGGAGCGGUUUAGUUGGUUAUACGCUGGUGCCAGCGGUUCUGACGACAGUGGUGUUCAAGAAGCUGGAUGUUCAUCUGAGCAAAACUUUCUUAAACGUCCUCAUCAUCAGUUGGAUGGUGAAACGCAACCAAGCAAGAAGCUCUGUACUGGAGCAGCAAAAAAAACUAAAGCAAAGUCACCUGCUCCGGCCAAGGACCCGCAAAGUCUUGCCGCUAAGAAUCGAAGAGAGCGAAUCAGUGAGAGGUUAAAGGUAUUACAAGACCUCGUACCCAACGGGACCAAGGUUGAUUUGGUUACAAUGUUGGAGAAAGCCAUUAGCUAUGUCAAGUUUCUGCAACUACAAGUAAAGGUAUUAGCAACAGAUGAGUUCUGGCCAGCACAAGGUGGUAAAGCACCUGAAGUUUCUCAAGUAAAAGAAGCCAUUGAUGCCAUUUUGUUGUCUCACACGGAUACUAGAAAAUGACUCAACUACUAAAAAAUAAUCAGUCUCAUCAUCUGUACGUGCUUCAUUUGAUUCUACCUUCUUCAGUCCAACCCGUGUCCAUUCUAGAAAAAGCAUAAAUAUUAACGUAUCUUUUUCCGUAUUCUGUAUAAUUUUUUCGUUUUGUUCUCGACAAGCUAGUUAGCUUAGCCAGUUUAAGUCUCUCUUUCACUCUACAAAAGUAGUAGCUUCGUUUAAAUUUGAGAAGUCUAGUUAUGAGGAGCUUGGAAACUGUAAACCUAGUUGUAGGAGUUCUAUUUUUUGUUCGUUGUAAUAAUGAGAAAAUAUUUGAGGAUCCAUAGAGUUCUUUUUAAUAAACUUGUAAGGAAGAUGAUAACAAGAUUUUAAUGAA